CGAGAUCAUUAUCACAAAUCAAGUUCAGACUCUUCCUUUUUUUCAUACUCAAAACCAACUAAAAACACAUUAUGGCUAACAAUUUAGAUGCAAUUUCGAAGGAUGACUUUCUGAGUGAGGAGGAGCGUUUGUUCAUCCUUAAAACCGAGGUCGAGUCUUUGAAGGAACUGAAGGAACAUACGUAUCUCUUUGACGGUACCGUCGACCUAAACGUGCUUGCUGCCAAGACUAUGAACGCUACACGUGGUCACCUAAAGACAUUGGUUGGUACUGCAUGCGCAUUCGUUAUAAGGGCAGAAGAUAAGAAGAGAGGUCAUGAAGUCCCAUCCGGGGAGGUUUUAACGGUCACUAUGGAGGAUUUCGACUUUGCAUGGGGAUUGGUUAAGCAGAUAGAUCCUGCGGAAUUUGAAAAAAAAAAGUCCUUCGAAGCCAGCGAGAAAGAGGACGUAAAACUAAGUCAAGCAAGAAAAUAGUUUGAUUCAAAAAAACCAUAUGGAAUAAAUUUAUUAACAUUGAGCAUUAUAUGAUGCGUACGUAGUACUUGGCUUGUAAGUGAACUAAUAUGGGUUUGAUGCAUAUUUUAUAUUUUAUUCCUCUUUAUUGAACUAAUAUAUAUGUGGAAUUUAUUAUC